UGAGAGUUGAGACCAUCCUUUUUGGUAUAAAACUUUUUACUAAAUUUUUUCGUGAUCAGAGGUCACGAGCGGCAUGCGCUUCGCCGGAAACUGAGAGCUGUACUCUGCUUGUCAAUAAGUUCUUAAAUACCUUAAAACAAGCAAUUAUCAAAACUCUAAUUUUGUUUCAGAAAUGUUUUAACUAUGAUUAAAUCACUGAAUUUUGGCUUCUUUUUCAACAAAAAUGUACAAGAAAAACUCCCAAUUUAUUCGUUACUUCUGCAAUUUCACACCAAAUUUACCAACCCCACAUCAGAUUACACAUGGGGUUGAUGACCAUCUUCUGAAACUAUGCUUGGAACAAUGUGGGAAAAUCAAGGCACGCCAAGUGUUCGAUGAAAUGCCUCAAAGAAUAUCCCAAGCUUUUAAUGCUUGUAAAGUUAUCCAUGCUAGUACCUUGAAGAUGGGUUUUGGGUUAAAUGGGCAGUUGGGGAAUGCAAUUCUGGAUUUGUAUGCUAAAUGUGGUAAUGCAGGGUAUGCCAACACGGUUUUUGAGAGGUUGGAGAUGAGAGAUGUGCAGGGGUGGAAUUCAAUCAUGUCAUUGUAUUUGAGAAGUGGGUUGUUAGAUAGAGUUGUGGAGUUAUUUGGGUCAAUGAGGAAUUCGGGUGUCGUGCCGAAUCCGUUUACUUAUGCUAUUGUGCUGUCUGGUUGUGCCAGGAUGAUGCUGAUUGAAUUUGGGAAGCAAGUACAUUGUGAUGUUAUUAAGAUGGGUUAUAUGUGUCAUACCUUUUGUGAAGGUUCUUUGAUUGAUAUGUAUGUUAAGUGCAAUUCUUUAGGUGAUGCUAGGCGAAUGUUUGAUCCCUUGUGCAGACCGAGUUUGGUUUCGUGGACUGCGAUGAUUACAGCAUAUGUUCAGAUGGGAUUACUUGAUGAGGCACUUAAAGUGUUUGAGUGUAUGCAAAGUUUAGGUUGUGUUCCUGAUCAUGUGGUAUUUGUGACAGUGAUUAGUGCAUUUGUUAAUAAUGGGAGGCUGGAUAAGGCAAGGGAUUUGCUUACCCAGAUGCCUUUUCCAAACACUAUAGCUUGGAAUGUUAUGAUUUCUGGUUAUGCAAAAAAUGGAAAUGAGGCAGAAGCUAUAAAUCUCUUUGUGAACAUGAGGAAAGCCGGUGUGCCAUCUUCUCGUUCCACUUUAGGAAGUGUUCUAAGUGCCAUUGCUAGCUUGAAGUGUCUUAAUGUUGGCCUACCAGUUCAUGGCCAGGCAAUUAAGCAAGGGCUUGAUCAUAAUGUUUUCGUGGGAAGCUCUUUGUUAAAUAUGUAUGCCAAAUGCCAUAAGCCAGAGUCUGCAAGGCAAGUCUUUGAUUACUUGGACCAGAGAAACAUUGUGCUGUGGAAUGCAAUGCUUGGGGGCUACGUACAGAACGGGUUUGCUGAUGAGGUGGUUGAAUUGUUCCUGGAUAUGAAGGAUGGUGGUUUGCAGGCUGAUGCAUUUACUUAUACCAGCAUUUUGAGUGCAUGUGGUUACUUGAAGUGGCUGGAUUUUGGAAGCCAAUUGCAUGCUGUGAUAAUUAAGACCAACUUUGAGUCAAACUUAUUUGUAAGCAAUGCAUUGGUUGAUAUGUAUGCUAAAUCAGGCAGAUUAGUGGAAGCAAGGCAGCUUUUUGAGACUAUAGAGGGCAGGGAUAACGUUUCUUGGAAUGCAAUCAUUGUUGGGUAUGUCCAGGUGGAAGAGGAGAAUGAGGCUUUUGGCCUGUUUCGAAGAAUGAUGUCUGAUGGUAUGGCUGAUGAAGUUGCUAUGGCCAGUCUACUCAGUGCUUGUGCUAAUUUAAAAAAUCUUGCCCGCGGAAAAGAGUUACAUUCUUUAUCAGUGAAACAUGGCUUAGCAACUAGCCUUUAUGCAGGAAGCUCACUUAUUGAUAUGUAUGUCAAGUGUGGGGUGACUGAGACUGCAUGCGAGGUAUUUUAUAGGAUGCAUAAUUGGAGUGUAAUCUCUAUGAAUGCUUUGAUUGCUGGAUUUUCUCAGGACAAUCUGGAGGAGGCAGUAAAAAUCUAUAAGCUUAUGCUGGCUGAAGGACUAUGUCCAUCUGAAAUUACUUUUGCCAAUCUUUUAGAUGCAUGUCACGGUCCUUGCGGAUCUAAUCUAGGGAGGCAAAUCCACUGCCUCUUGCUGAAGAAAGGGAUCUUGUAUGAUGAUGGAUUCUUGGGUAUAUCUCUAUUGGGCAUGUACAUGGAUUCCCAUAGCAAUGCAGAUGCCGGUAAACUAUUCUUGGAAUUUCCAGAGCGAAAGAGUGCAAUACUAUGGACAUCUAUGAUCUCUGGUUUAAGUCAAAAUGAUUGCCACAAGGAGGCUUUGGAACUUUAUAGAGGAAUGCGUAGCCAAAAUGUUUUGCCUGAUCAAGCAACAUUUGCUAGCAUUCUCAAAGUAUGCUCCUUUUUAACUUCAUAUAAGGAUGGUACUGAGAUCCACUCCUUCGCUUUUCGCUCUGGCUUCAAUUCAGACGUGUUAGUGGGCUGUGCCCUUAUAGACAUGUAUGCCAAAUGCGGAGAUGUGGGAAGUUCUGUAAAGGUUUUUGAGGAGGUUGCCUGUAAAUGGGAUAUUAUUCUAUGGAAUUCAAUCAUUGUAGGAUUAGCUAAAAAUGGUUAUGUAGAAGAUGUACUAAAGAUAUUUGGUGAAUUAUUGCAGUCGCAUGUAUAUCCUGAUGAGGUGACGUUCCUUGGUGUCCUUAGUGCUUGUAGUCAUGGGGGCAAACUAAGUGAAGGUCGUCAUAUCUAUAAUCUGAUGGUUAACCAGUGUGGUAUUCAGCCAAGACAUGAUCACUGUGCCUGUAUGAUUGACCUAUUUGGUCGAUGGGGUUUUCUUGAGGAGGCAGAGAACUUUAUUGAAGAGCUGGAGUUUGAACCUGAUGCUAAGAUUUGGGCUUCAUUUCUAAAUGCUUGCAAGUUACACGGAGAUGAUGCAAGGGGUAGGAAAGCAGCAGAAAAACUGAUUAAUCUGGACCCUCAUAAUUCUUCAGCAUACAUUUUGCUUUCAAGCAUACAUGCUUCCUCAGGUAAUUGGAGUGAGGUUGACUCUUUGAGAAGGAAAAUGAAAGAAAUGGGUGUCUUAAAGUUUCCUGGAUCUAGCUGGAUUGAUAGUAUGGAGGACAAAGUUGUUCCUAGCUCGCAAUGAUAUAUUGAUGAUGUUUGAGGCUGCUUUUUUCAAGUUGCAUUCAAGACCAUACUUCACUUGCAGUUGGGACAAUUUUAAAUUAUUGGAAAACUUAGAUAGUGUGCCUCACCAUCUUUCUUCUGUCAUCCCAAUGUAAAAUCUCUUGCAGAGCAUCCCAUAAUCUGCUGUACUUCAGAUUCAAAGCAGACCAAACAGUACUUUGACAAUUUAUGAUGACAAAACCGAUCGCAGAGGAAGCUAAAACCAUUUUGAAAGCACUGUUGUACAUAUCCACCUUCAAAUUUUGAGAAGGUAGUAUACUAUUAAAGGUGAAGUACAACAACAAUAGCAACCCUGUGCAGCUUCCUAUUUUGGCAGGAUGUGGGGAGAUAUACAUGUGCACAACAUUAUCAGUCAAGAUUAGAUGAUAGCUCCUCAAUGCAAAAUAUCUAUAGAAGUAGAAAUUAAAUAGACAUGGUAUAUAAAUAGUCGCAAGAAUUACUAGUUUUCUAGGAAAAUGUAAUAUUGUAGUUGUGAUGAUGGAAUAUAAUAGUUUUUUUUUGGCAGGGUCACGGGGUUAGAACUACGAUGGUGUUAAGCUUUCAAAGUGAACAACUCAGUAGCAGGAGAGACUGCCAGUUCUUGUCAAGCCUUACAGAUGGUGAGAUAAAUUGAUCAACUCGGGAGCAGGAGGUAUAUAGUUGCCUUAUGUGAAGCUUGAGAAGAGACUGAUAAAGCAAGCCAUAUGUAUGGGAAAGAUAAUUUUGUCGUGCUAAUUCAUAGAGAUUGUGAGAGUGUCUCUUGAUCUAGCAUCUCCUUGAUGUUCCAGCAAGUAGCUACUGACUUAAGAGUGGGACGGGGGGAGUAUGAUAGUACUGGGGACGUGCAAUUAAUUGCUUAAAGACAUGAGAUGGUGAUUAUAUCCUAAGUUUCAAACCUUCAGCUAACAAACAUGCUAUAUUAUGCAUGCUCAGAAAGCAAUGACAACUAGUCAGUUUAUGCAAAAUCACUGAGCACUAUUCCUGCCAGGCUGCUUCCCUUUGUAUUCAUUUUGAAUCUGGUUUCUGCAUACUUCCAUUCUAUGUU